GCGGCGGCGGGGCAGAGCGGGGGGCGGCGGGGCAGAGGAGCUUAAGAGCUGCCGCUCUGCGUGCUGUGGGUUUUUUUUUUUUUUUCCCGGGCUUUUGCACACAGUCUUGCCCCUUGCCUCAGGUCUUCUGCAGAGAUUUACCUGUCGGGAACCACACACCCACACCGGGCUGCUCGGGCUCUUUUCCCGCAGAGGCCGAACGCUCGGUCCAGCGGAGCGGGGGCAGACUCCGGCGGCCAGGGGCUCCCUCAGCGACCGCGCUCCGCCUCGCCCGCCGGUGCCGCUCCCGCAGCGCCAUGGAUCACCAGCCCAAGUUCUUCGAGAACCUCUCGGGCGCCGGGAAGGCCAUCGCGGUGCUGACCAGCGGCGGCGAUGCCCAAGGUAUGAAUGCUGCUGUGCGCGCAGUAGUACGCAUGGGAAUCUAUGUAAAUGCCAAAGUCUAUUUUAUUUAUGAGGGUUACCAGGGAAUGGUUGAUGGAGGUGAUAAUAUUGUAGAAGUUUCAUGGGAAAGUGUUUCGAGUAUCCUGCAAGUGGGAGGCACCGUGAUCGGCAGCGCGCGCUGCAAAUCUUUCCGCACGCGCGAGGGCCGCCUGCAGGCUGCCUUCAACCUGGUGCAGAGAGGGAUCACCAACCUCUGCGUGAUCGGCGGCGACGGCAGCUUGACCGGCGCCAACCUCUUCCGGGAGGAGUGGAGCGGGCUGCUGGAAGAGCUGGCUCAGAAAGGAAAGAUUGAUGCAGAAGCUGUUAAGAAAUAUGCUUACCUUAACAUUGUGGGAAUGGUUGGAUCCAUAGACAAUGACUUCUGUGGCACUGAUAUGACCAUAGGUACUGACUCAGCUCUGCACAGAAUAAUUGAAGUUGUGGAUGCUAUCAUGACCACUGCUCAGAGCCAUCAGAGGACAUUUGUUCUGGAGGUUAUGGGGAGACACUGUGGCUAUCUAGCUCUGGUUAGUGCCUUAGCCUGUGGUGCAGAUUGGGUGUUUAUUCCUGAAUACCCACCAGAAGAAGGCUGGGAAGAUACAAUGUGUGUUAAGCUUUCAGAGAACCGUGCACGAAAGAAAAGGCUGAAUAUUAUUAUUGUAGCUGAAGGAGCUAUUGAUUGCCACAACAAACCUAUAACAUCAGAGAAGGUUAAGGACCUUGUGGUUCAGCGGCUUGGUUUUGACACCCGAGUAACCAUCCUGGGCCAUGUGCAAAGAGGUGGAACCCCUUCAGCUUUUGACAGAAUUCUUGCGAGUCGAAUGGGUGUGGAAGCCGUGCUUGCCCUUUUAGAAGCUACUCCAGAUACCCCUGCCUGUGUUGUGUCCCUGUCUGGAAACCAGGCUGUCCGUCUGCCUCUGAUGGAGUGUGUGCAGAUGACUCAAGAAGUCCAGAAAGCCAUGGAUGAGGGAAGAUUUCUUGAGGCUGUGAGGCUUCGUGGAAGGAGCUUUGAAAACAACCUUAACACGUACAAAUUACUGUCGCACAAAAGGCCAGAUGCUGAGCUUCCAAAGACUAAUUUUAAUGUGGCAGUUUUAAAUGUUGGUGCCCCUGCAGCUGGAAUGAAUGCCGCCGUGAGGGCUGCAGUGAGAGUUGGCAUGACUGAAGGUCACAAAAUAUUUGCUGUCAUUGAUGGUUUUGAAGGGUUCGCUAGAGGGAAGAUAAAGGAAAUUUCCUGGGGAGAUGUUGGAGGCUGGACUGGUCAAGGAGGAUCAAUUCUUGGUACAAAACGUACUCUUCCUGCAAAAUAUUUGGAGAAGAUUGCUGACCAGAUGCGCACUAACAACAUUAACGCCCUUAUGGUUAUUGGUGGAUUUGAGGCCUUUGAAAGUUGUCUGCAGCUCUACGAGGCGCGUGCCAGCUUUGAGGAGUUUAGCGUUCCUAUGUGUGUUGUGCCUGCUACUAUUAGCAACAAUGUGCCAGGCACAGACUAUUGCCUUGGUACUGACACUGCCUUGAAUGCUAUUGUGGAGACGUGUGACCGCAUCAAGCAGUCGGCCAGCGGCACCAAGCGCCGCGUGUUCAUCAUCGAGACCAUGGGCGGCUACUGCGGCUACCUGGCCAACAUGGGGGCCCUGGCAGCAGGAGCUGAUGCUGCCUACAUCUUCGAAGAGCAGUUUGAUAUCAGAGAGCUCCAGGCUAAUGUGGAACACUUGACUGAAAAAAUGAAAACCAGUAUCCAGCGUGGUCUAGUGCUGAGAAAUGAGAAUUGCAAUGAGAACUACACAACUGAUUUCAUUUAUCAGCUGUAUUCUGAAGAAGGAAAAGGAGUGUUUGACUGUCGAAAAAAUGUAUUGGGCCAUAUGCAGCAGGGUGGAGCACCUUCACCAUUUGAUAGAAAUUUUGGGACAAAAAUUUCAGCAAAAGCUAUGCAGUGGAUCUCCAAAAAACUGAAGGAAACCUACCGGAAAGAAGGAGGAAAAGUAUUUGCCAAUACCGACGACUCGGUUUGUUUGCUGGGAAUGCGGAGACGCAACCUUGUUUUCCAGCCCGUGGCUGAGCUGAAGAGUGAAACAGACUUUGUACACAGGAUUCCCAAGGAGCAGUGGUGGCUGAAGCUGCGACCGCUGAUGAAGAUCCUGGCCAAGUACAAGACCAGCUACGACGUGUCAGACUCAGGCCAGCUGGAACACGUGGCCAUGCUCCCAAAGGAAGCUGAGACCGGAGCCAUCUAAACACACCACAUUUAGAUUGUUGUCAUAGAUGCACAUUGUGAGUAACAAUGCUUUAGAAUCGUUAAAGCUUUGUUUUGUAACAUUUAAAUUAUUGUUCCAGCACUUUAUGUGAAACAAGACGUUCAGCUGUCACACAGAUUUUGUCCUGUUUGUGUGUUAUAUUUGAAACCAACCCUUGCAUCUAAUGGAGAACACCAGUACUGAUACUGCCCUUAAACAAGCAAGUGCAACACCGUUCUAUGCACUCCGUAAGUUACUCAUCUACUGCACUUUGUUUCAGAGUACUUACACCCAAAAAUAAGUGUAGAUGGCUAGUUCUUGUGUUGAGUUACAGGAUGUGCUUAAUGUUUCUGAAGUGAAAUAAAAUACUGUUGCAAACAUCA